UUGGUCAUUCAACGACUUACAUUUGGGCUAUGGAUGUUGUAACCAUUGUUUAUUUUUAUAAAAGUAUUUAGUUCAUAACAAGUGUAACAAUUGAUUAAGAUAAAAUAGACGAAAGAAGACUUUGACUUAGUACUUACAGCAUACUAGUUACUUAAUUUACACGUAUUGAUAUAAGUAUUAGGACCAGAAAUUUUUGUGCAACAUGAUCACGUCCAUGAGGGCCGCGGCAUUUACCAGUGACCCUGGUUUUUAUUACUACUAUUUAGCAACACUAGAAAGAAUAAUAAGCAAUCCGUUAACAAACCAAUAAUAAACGGAAUUUGAUGGGUGCAGUGCUCAGGAAACACGUUUUGUACUAGGCCUAAUAAUGGAAGAAGAAUUACGGUGCUUCGUUUGUAAGGAAUUUUACCGAGAACCAGUGCUACUGCCUUGCGGGCAUGCUCUUUGUCGUUUAUGUGGGGUGAAUCUGCAAAGUCCGGUACAUGAGAAUGACGGUGCAUCAUCGACUGACUAUCAGGAGGCGGACAAGGCGUCGGUGUCGAGUGAGACGGACAGCGGUGUGGUCUGCGGCUCCCGGCCUAAUAGCUUUGCGGGCACGCCCGCCGCCGCUGCGUAUCAGAGCGCCGCAUUCACUUUGACAUGCCCUACAUGCAACAAGCAAGUGUUCCUAGAUGACAAUGGAGCUGAAGGCCUUCCGCCGUUUCGCGUUAUGCGAACUAUUGUUGAGCGUUUCGGCGGCGUGGCCGGAGCUCCGCCGGCUGAGGAGGCCUGUCAGAUGUGCGAGGGGGAGCGCCGGGCGGCGGUUGUGCGGUGUGAGCAAUGCUCGGUCCGGUAUUGCGCUAGCUGCAGGGACGCAUGGCAUCCCACCCGCGGUCCACUUGCUCAACACGAGCUGAGAACCCUAGGCACAACAUGCGCUGACCAUGGCUCACCUCCGGUGCUGUACUGCAACAGCUGUCUAGUCCCCGUGUGCCAGCGGUGUGUGGCUGAAAGGCACUCUGCACAUGUCACACAGCCCUUAUCGAGUGCUGCUAGAGCACAUAAGACUGAACUCUCACAAGCAUUGCAACAGCUUUCAGAAAAGGCCAAGGCUAUGACUGAAUAUAUCCAAGUAGUAAAAGGCUCAAGUGAACAAGUAGGUGAAUCAUGCUCUGAGCUAGAGCGGCAGAUUGAACAAGCAUGCGCGGAGGUAUCCCGCGCUCUGGGACAGCGGCGUGAGGAGUUGGUCCGAGCAGCAAGGGCGACCCGCGCACAGGCCGCGGCCGACGCGCGGGCCAGGUCCGCACAGGCCUCACACAAGCUUAGGGAGGCCACGGCGCUGCUGCACUUCUCCAUUGAGGCGCUCAAGGAGGCUGACCAUGCUGCCUUCCUACAGGUGGGCAGCAUCCUGUCAGCGCGCGCGCAAGAGACGAGCGGCACGCUGUGCGCGGCGCUGGAGCCGCCACCGCAGCCGCCGGCGCUCACGCUGGACAUCGAGCCCGUGCUGCGCACCGUGCGCGCCAUGAACUUCGUCGAGUGCAUCCCGGACGAAAAGGAAAUGGGAUCCUCAGCGCCGGGCGCGCCGACGAUGGCGGUGGAGGCGUGCGCGGCGCGCGGCUGCUCGUGCACGCUGGCGUGGCGCGCGCCGUCCGCACCCUCCGCCGUGCGCGGCUACGUGCUCGAGCUGGACGACGGCCGCGGCGGGCCCUUCCGGGAGGUGUACUGCGGACGCGAGACGAUAUGCACGGUGGACGGGCUGCACUACGCCUCGCUCUACAGCGCGCGAGUUAAAGCCUUCAACGGCGCUGGCGAAGGCCCUUACAGCGAGGUCAUCGGCCUUCAGACUUCAUCAGUGGCAUGGUUCACAUGGGACCUGCGGUGCGCGGCCGGCGAGGGGCUGACGCUGUCGGCGGACGGGCUGUCGGCGCGCGCGGCGGGCUGGCAGCCGCGCGUGGCGCUGGCCGACCAGCCGCUGGCGCGCGGCGUGCACUACUGGCGGCUCGUGCUCGACGACUACGACGGCGACGCCGACCCCGCCUUCGGCGUGGCGCGCGCCGACGUCGCCAAAGAUAAGAUGCUCGGAAGCGACGCGCUAGGCUGGGCGAUGUACAUCGACGCGCGGCGCUCUUGGUUCGUGCACGGCGGCGCGCACGGCGGCCGCGCGGCCGGCGGCGUGGCGCGCGGCGCCGCCGUGGGCGUGCUGCUCGACCUCGGCCGGGGCACGCUGCGCUUCACCGUCGACGACACCCCGCAGGGCGAGAUCGCGUUCACGGGCCUCCGCGGCGCGUUCUACCCGGCCGUGUCGCUCAACCGCGGCGUGGCCGUGACGCUGCAGCCCGGCCUGCCGCCGCCGCCGGAGCUGCUGCUCGACCAGCUCGCCAUCGAGUGAACACCGACACGUUGUCGCCGCGAGUGCCGCGGUCCUGACGCCUUUGACAAGGCCCGAUCAUCAACUGCUAACUGUGUCACGAAAUAUAGAGAAGCCAACUCGAUACAAAACUUUGUCCUAAACAUUGAUUCGAAACCAAAUUAAUUACUAAGGGUUUUGUAUUCCAUUUGUGCAAUGUGUAUUUGCGUCUCACAUUUUGCUUAGUGAGAGAGUGACACGCAAUGCACAUUGGAUUGGAAUUUUGAAAUCUGACCUGGUAACCUCAGUUCUUCUGACCAUAUGUACGGCUAGCAUUUAAACUGCGCGAUGUGCUGUGAGCAGAAACCGCGUGAAUAGGUCUGUCUCGAUCCAGACAAGAUUUUGUCCGAACACGCCUCGGCCGCAUUGAUAUGGAGCCUUUUGACUGUCUUGGCUAUUUGAUGUAACACGCACCUUAAUGGUAUACUGGAUGCUCAUUUUACACUAUGGUCGGCUAUUGCCGAUUGUAAAAAUGUUAAAACAGUAAAAGUCAGAAAUCAGAGUCAAAAUUGAAUCUUUACUUAAAGCUGUGUCAUAGAUCUUUCUAAUAAUACUGACGGAGAAUUUAGCUAAACUAUAAACCGUUUAAUGAUUCAAGAAGCAGACUAUGAGUCCUUGAAUAAUCACGUAUCUCGUAUCGUAUCCUGCAAUUAGUCGAAACACGCGUUUGAUGCAUUAAUUUCAUGUUUUCAUAUUUGUAUGAAGACGUUUUACCCGUGGACGUGAAUUCUGGUACAGUCGCCAUCAGAUAUAGCCGCCAAAGUGCUCACAAUUACCUGAACACGUCUGUGUUGUCAAGGCGCUAGAGUGCGUUUUCGGAUUAUUAUAGACUACCACAGAGUGCGUACUUAAAUUAAACAAGCGCGACAAAAUGUGUUCUUUUGGUUAAUAAUUCAUAUUGAACAAUUAACUUAGGUACUUAGAUAUCGAAUUUAUUAUAUUUUUAUUAUUUGAACAUAAACAUGUAU